ACAAAGUGUAUAGAGGUAGCGCGGUGCAUGCUAGUAUGCACGUUCGAUUCAACAUGGCCGCCAUUUCUGCACGUUGUUUGAGGUCGUUCGCUAAGGCAGCGAGCAUGAGCAGAAGCGCUGCUUCUGUGGGUGGAAUGUCAAAAUCUGGGGCGAUAUCUUCGUUGGUUUCCAGGUCCUUGCCUGUUCUAAAAGACAGCUCCUUAUUACAAAAGAUUGCUAGGGAUAACAUGGCUAAGAAUCUAGCAAGAAGACACUCAAAAUUAUCUGCUGCAGUUAAUCAGCUGAUGCUUGUCACCUCUGUGGAUAUGAGUAUUGAUGGCGGAGAGGGGACUGGGGAUGAACUUAGUACCGAGGCUAUUGCUGAAGAUGAUGAAAAAUUGAGAAUUAUAUAGCACUAACUGUGUGAUAUGCCAAUCUCCUCCACUCCUCCUUAGCGUGGACUCUGACGGGGAAUCGGCAGAAGGGCUACUGGUGGAUGAUGAUGAAACCUUUUCGUGCUUAGACGAUGAUGCAAUACAUGGUCUCUAGCUAGAGCCCUGGUGGAAACUCUUCUUUCUUCUUUAGAUUGUUUUUAAUAUUUUCUAUCCUUUACUUCCUGUAAAUGCCAUUCAUGGUUUCUAGAAUGUUUCCACCAAAAGGGUUAACAAUAAAAAAUGACAAAGAAUCAGACAGUUAAUUAUGUACUAUAGUGUACUUUCAUGUUAUUUUAGCUUGUUUGCAAUAAAGUUUUGCUUUGAAAUUG